AUGGUUAUAAAUUUUAAAAAAUGUAUAGCUCAAUUGACUUUGAAUUGCCCAUUACUGCCCAAUGCUCAAAAUAAUUUAGGUGGGAAACGGCCCAUGACUCAAAAAUUCCUGGCUACGUCACUGAGAAUAUUUCAACGCUUUUGGGAAACUGGUGCAGUGAAAGAUAGAGAACGUCCUGGAAGACCAUCAGAAAUUACAGAAGAAAAAGUCGAUGAAGUUCAUGAUGUAUGUGAAAGUGAACUACAAUUAUGUGUUCGAGCUGUCGGAACGGCCUGCUCCAUUCCUCGAACAACAGCUCAUCGAAUUAUGACUGAAUAUCUUUCUCUAAAGCCGUACAAGGUCCAAUUUGUGCAACAAAUUUAUGAAGAAGAUUUACAAGAUCGAGUUGACAUGUGUCAAACAAUGAUAUCAAUGUUAUAA